GGUGCAUCCUUUGGCGUGCGGAAUGAUUGGUCGAUCCAAAGUGUUAUAAAAUGAGAAGGCGUCACUAAACUAGUAAUUCUACUCACGGGAACAAGGCGGUCGUUUCAUUGUGGCACUAUGAAGAUGCAAGUUGUCAUCGGGUUUGCUGUCCUUUACUUGGUGUCCAUGGUGACGUCGAACAUGAUUGUGCCACUAAAUCUGAACCUCGAUCCGUAUGCUCUGAUUCGGUACACCGUCAAUGACGACGGUUGCAGCGUGAAUGGGGCGUCGAAAGACUUGGACAGUGACUUCACCCUGGACGUGACCGGAAAUUGUGUCAAGUAUCGAUGUGCCGCUGACGGAGUGAGCGUCGUCACUGAUCAGUCAGGGUGUAUGGGCGACAACGGCUGUGUUAAUGGUCUGACGCCUUACGGUUGUGAUGCGUUCACCUGUCCAAAUGAUGGCAACUCUAUGAACGGGAAGACUCAUGUGUGGCUCAUUGACGAGGAUGCAGAAGAACAAUGCGAAAUCCUUGGUGACAACAACUGUUAUGACCUGCAUGAGUGGCACACAGUCAACGGAAUGAAGUGCAAAUGCGACACACGUUUCGAUAUGAAUUGCCAACUUGGAAUGCCAAGUAAAUAGACAAAAGACGUGAUUCUUCUAUCCAAUCUAUAUCCUGCAUUUGCAUCCAAACUUUAACAGCAGUAAACCUGAAAGAAACUCACCACUCGUUUGUAUAGGUCUCCGUCACUAAGAAGCUUCUAUCUGCCAUUGUUAUUAUAUAUUGUGUAUCUAUCAUCCAUCAUCGAAGCGUUCUCAGGGCUUCAGACAAUUUAGAACUGUUUUGGUGCAUUAGAAAUAAGUAUUAACAAAACAACUCUCGUAUUAUGAACGAGUGACCAUAUUUUGUUUCACACCUCUGCCGACAGUAUUUUAGAUAUAUUCUAUUACGUAUAGGUCCGUGCCUUCCCCCGGCAAACUAAUGGUGGAUAUUAAGAGUAUUUACUGGACAUGCCGACACGCAAACCGGGGUAGGGGUAGCCUAGUGGUUGAAGUGUUCGCUUAUCAGGCCGAAGACCCGGGUUCGAUUCCCCACGUGGGUACAGUCUCUGAAGCCCAUUUCUGGUGUACUCCGCCGUGAUAUUGCUGGAAUAUUGGUAAAAGCGGCGUAAAACCAUAUUCCCUCACACGCAAACCAUCACACAUUAUGAAUACCUGGUACUCAUUAGCUGGUUGUGGUGACACACGUGGUUUGCUGAGGACCAGUUGAGCUUCGAAUACCCCAGGCGAUUCCAAACAGUACGAUGAAAAUAUGCUAUUUCAAUAUUUUAUCUAACAUUAUACAACCUAUUCGUGACAAAAGCGGAUUCUGUAUAGAAUAUACGCCCAGCAACCAAUGCUUGUAAUGGGUAGCUAAUUAAACCCGGUAAUAAGGUGUGGUUGUUUCAUGUCAUCGUGACCCUAUUGCCUUCAUCGAUGUCAUUCACUAGUUUGUCUGGCCCAAACUCGGUUAUUCCCAAACUUCAAUUAUAAGGCGCAGUAUCUGCGAAAACGCCAAUAUUGAAGAUCAUAAUAUUCACUGAAAGAAUCUCACUUCCAAUACUCUGAACUGGAGUAAUGCUGUAUUAAUGUAAAUGAUUAAUAUGUUGUUUAUUUGGCGUACCAGCUAUUGCUAGUGUAAAUAUAAAUACAAUCAUGUCAUUGGUAAUUGACAUCAUGAUAUAGCUGAAAUGCUGUCUACCUUUGGUUCAAUUUCUAUUCAUCCUCUCUUGCUGUCAGAUUACCAUCAAUCAUUAUAACCAGUCCUGUAGAGUUCCCAUGUCGUGAGAACAAAUGUCGUCUCAUGUAACAUCUAACGAAUAAAACAUACUGCUGUC